UUUCAUUUGACUACCCAAAAAAUUGGGCUAAUGAAGAGGCAAGAACGCUCGGUAAACUUCGAGUCUCCAGACUCAAAUCCGACCGAGUCCUAGUAUCCGAGUUCCAUACUUUCUCUGUAAUUACUCCAAUCUAAACCGACUCUGGGUUUAGGGUUUUGGUGGCUUAACUCUCUCCACUACUUUCCCUCCAUUUCCUCUCUGUCUUUCUUAUUAUCUGUCUCUCAAUCCUCUUGAGGUAAGGUCCAUUGAAAAUCCCCUUUUUUGGCCUUAAUCUCCUUUUUUUCACCAAAUUUAACACCUUUAGCUUAUUGCAAUUUCAAAAGUUCAUUGCUUUAAGCAGGAAAAAAAGGGGGAAAUAAAAUUGUUGGGUUUCUACUCUUUUAUGCGGGUAUUAAAUGGGAAGAGGAUUAGCAACGUUUCUGUUUAGAAUCUAUACUUCUAAGAAAAAUGUUUCUAGAGUUAAGUUUAUGUCAUCAAAUCGAUAUAUUCAUUCUUUUAGACAAUUUGAAAACUGGGUUUUGGAUAAAGACCCUCCGUGUUUCCAUGUGCCUCGAAGUGAGUUUUCGACUAGCUUGGUUGGUUUAGUUGGUAAAUUUAGAAACUAUGGAGAUGCUAAUGUGAGACCUUUUUCCUCUGUUGUUAAAAAUGGGGGUGAUGAUGGUGGGGAGGAUAAUGGAAUGCAUGAUUCAGAAAUGGAAAAAAAUGAGCACGGUAAGCAUAUUUUGGAUUUUGUGAAACUUGUCGACUUUGAUGGUGAAAAUGAGAAUAAGGUUGAGGAUGAUGUUGAUGGUUUGAAUGAGAAUGGUAUAUAUGGUUCAAAAGAUGUUGAGUUGGAACAUGGAGAUGAUAAAGAGAAUAAGGGUAUUGUGGAUUUUAUCAGAGCUAAUGAUUUUGAUAGUGUCCAUGAGAAUUCAGAUGAGGAUGGCAUUGACGGUUCUAAGGAGGAUGGAAUUGAUGGAACUGUGAACCGUAAGCAAGUCGGCUUUCGAAAUCCUGUGGAAUUGUAUCAGGAACUUCGUGGUAAUGAAAACCCUGUGAAGCUGUGCAGAGAAGAUUGGGAGAUCUUACAGCAAGUUUUCAGCUAUUUCUGUAGGUCAGGGUGGGCAGCCAAUCAGUCACUUGCUAUUUAUAUUGGCAGGUCAUUUUUCCCUACUGCUGCUCAUAAGUUCCGUAGCUUUUUCUUUAAGAAUUGUUCUGCUGAUGUUACUGAACAUUUGGUAUCACUUGGUCCAUCUAAUGCUGCUGUUAAGUUUCUUUUCCCUAUAUUUGUGGAGUUCUGUAUUGAAGAGUUUCCUGAUGAGAUCAAGCAGUUUCGAAGUAUGAUUCAAUCAGCAGAUCUUACAGCACCGCAUGCAUGGUUUCCCUUUGCACGGGCAAUGAAGCGUAAGAUCAUUUAUCACUGUGGUCCAACAAAUAGUGGCAAGACUUACAAUGCUUUGCAGCGGUUUAUGGAAGCAAAGAAGGGUAUUUAUUGCAGCCCGCUUAGGCUUUUGGCUAUGGAAGUUUUUGACAAAGUGAAUGCACAAGGAAUUUACUGUAGUCUCCACACAGGGCAAGAGAAGAAAUAUGUCCCGUUUUCGAAUCAUGUCGCCUGUACUGUGGAAAUGGUGUCAACUGAGGAAUUAUAUGAUGUUGCUGUUAUUGAUGAAAUCCAGAUGAUGUCCGACCCGUAUAGAGGUCAUGCAUGGACGCGCGCAUUGCUCGGAUUGAAAGCUGAUGAGAUACAUUUGUGUGGGGAUCCAACAGUUCUCAAUAUUGUUAGAAAAAUCUGUUCAGAUACUGGAGAUGAGUUGAAUGAACAUCAUUAUGACAGGUUCAAACCCUUAGUGGUUGAGGCCAAGACACUGUUGGGAGACCUUCAAAAUGUUCGCUCGGGUGACUGUGUUGUUGCUUUCUCAAGGAGAGAAAUAUUCGAGGUGAAAAUGGCUAUUGAGAAACACACAAGUCACCGCUGCUGUGUUAUUUAUGGUGCGUUACCGCCAGAGACUCGCAGGCAGCAAGCUAACUUGUUUAAUGAUCAAGAUAAUGAAUUUGAUGUGCUUGUUGCCAGUGAUGCUGUGGGGAUGGGAUUGAAUCUUAACAUUAGGAGAGUUGUCUUUUAUAGUCUUUCAAAGUACAAUGGUGACAAGAUUGUUCCUGUUCCGGCAUCUCAGGUUAAGCAAAUUGCUGGAAGAGCUGGUCGUAGAGGAAGCCGUUACCCAGAUGGACUUACGACAACCUUGCAUUUAAAUGAUCUUGAUUAUCUAAUUGAGUGUUUAAAGCAACCCUUUGAAGAAGUUAAGAAAGUGGGUCUCUUUCCAUUCUUCGAGCAGGUUGAAUUGUUUGCUGGGCAAUUCCCUAAUGUUACUUUCUGCAAGUUGCUUGAAAAAUUUGGUGAAAAUUGCCGUUUGGAUGGAUUGUACUUUUUGUGUCGACAUGAUCAUAUUAAGAAGGUAGCAAAUAUGUUGGAAAAGGUUCAGGGAUUAUCUUUGGAAGACCGGUUCAACUUUUGUUUUGCUCCGGUCAAUAUUAGAGACCCGAAAGCAAUGUACCAUCUCCUUAGGUUUGCUUCAGCUUACAGUCAAAAUGUCCCGGUUAGCAUAGCGAUGGGUAUGCCAAAAGGUUCCGCUAAAAAUGAUGCAGAACUUCUGGAUCUUGAGACAAAACACCAAGUUUUAUCUAUGUAUCUGUGGCUAUCUUACCACUUCAGGGAGGAAACCUUUCCUUAUGUGAAAAAAGCAGAAGAAAUGGCUAUUGAUGUUGCUGACUUGUUGGGCAAGUCUCUUGUCAAUGCAUGUUGGAAACCAGAAUCGAGACAGCGAAAGAAAUCUAAUCCUGAAAAGAAGGAAGAAGGAUACCAGAGACCAAGGUCACUUAUCAAGUUACAUGAUAAGAAAAGGGCAGAUAAAUCCAUGCCAGUAGACAAUUCAUCAAAAGUAGCAGCAUAAUCAUAUUCUAGUGAAUCUUAAAUCUGCGGUAAAAUUGAUCACUUUAUGGAUCAAAAGGUGCCAGACUCUUCUUUUUCAUUGCAAUAUGGAGUACUUCGAACUUUGAAGGUGAGAUUUGGACUUAUUUCGCUGAAUAAGGUCAAGUUCCACCAGAGUUGUUGUUUUAGUUUGAUUUUAGCUGUUAAAAGUUUUGUAGUGAGCUUCCAUAGAGAUAGAAACUGUACGAACCAUCAUAUUUUUAUUAUCAAUCAAAAUAACAUAAUGCUUCAUUUCAGCAUGCUGUAUAUAUAUAUAUUGGUAACAAGACAAGGAGUUUUAAGAGAAUGUUAGAACAAAUGCUAAAAGUCUCAUCCUAAGCUAAAAAGAGUAAAGAGAUUCUGAAAGACCAUGCGACCAGAAAUAAGCUCAUACUAAGCUAAAAAAUAAACAGAUAAGGAUACAUGACUAAUGCUGUAGUUUAACCCCACAUUUGUAGAUGCCAUUGCCCUCUUGUUUGUUCCCUGUAUAGCAUGAUUACACUAAAGUUCACAAUCAUUCAAGUUCUCGAAUCCAAUACUGCCAUUGCCAGGAUUUGUUGCCUUCUUCCAUAAACUGUUUUAUUUGUUUAUCAUUCUUCACACAGAAUAAAGCUGGGAGCUGAAAUCUUUUGGAAUCUGAUCAGGCUUCUCUCAAAAUAUGAAGUUUGCAGCUUGUUUUGUUGAGAAAAGGCAGGUACAUACUUCUGUGUUAAAAUCCUCUUGUUAAGAUCCAGCAGCGAAUAAGCUGCACCGAAACCAACUUUCCCUAAUAAAAGAAUGAUUUAUGCCAUGUCAUGUAAUCUUGAUGUAGUGACUUCUUUUUUUGAGCAAAGCAAGUAUCAGUAAACUUGAAA